AUGACCCUCGACCUCGAACAAUUUCAGUUUGAGCGCGUUUUGAACGAAGAUCCUCUUGCCCACGCGAUCACCCUGCUUGGAUCUUUGCUCUCAAACACGUCUGGAAGUGACGAUGUCAAUCCCAGUGCCGCGAUCAUACGGAUCGAGAAAACCGCCCUGCCUGCGUUCUCUGAUGACCUCGUCGGCAGUACAAAGCUGAUUGAGAGCACCGACAUCUACUCGUGGCUCUUUGGCUGGCUCAGAUCGUCAGAAGAAAGGCCGGACAUCAAGAUCAACGUCAUCUGUCCCGCGACAGAAGUCCACAUCCGCAAGUAUUCACGGCAACAAGUGCACAUGGUGCACGAGACACCCGCACUGUACGCGCGCGUUGUCAAACCAUAUAUCGACGCCUUCCCCGCCUCGCGCACCCAAUGGGUAGAGGACAUAUUGUCUGGCGCCUCCGAGGCCGAGAAGGUGCUCUUUCGCUCACCGGAGACGGACCCGCACGGGUUCCUCAUCCUCCCAGACAUGAAAUGGGACCUCUCGACCGUCUCCGCGCUCUACCUUGUCGCGCUCGCGCUCGAACAUGGCGUGCGAAGCCUCCGCGAUCUGCGGCGCGUGCACGUCCCAAUGCUCAAGAGCAUCCGGCGCGAGGCGUACAGGAUCGUAAAGGAGCGCUGGACGCUUGAGCCCAGCGAGCUCCGGUGCUUUGUGCACUAUCAGCCGAGCUACUAUCAUUUUCACGUGCACAUUGUCAACGCGAACUACGUGGGCCUAGCGGGCAUGUCCGUCGGCCAGGCCCACUUGCUUGACGACAUCAUAUCCAUGCUUGAGCUCGACCCAGAGUUAGGGCCAUCGAUAUUCGAGCGCAUGACGCUCACAUAUGGGCUGGGCGACCAGCACGGGUUAUUCGAGCAGAUGCAAAUUGUGCAGGGUGAGGAUGGGACGAGCGACGAGGCUGGUUCAAGCUGA